UCGCAUUAAUUAUGCAAAAGUAUCGCCUAUAGAAAAUCAAUAAAAUCUGAUUGCAACGAAUAGAAAAUAACGUUUUUGGAAGUACCAUAAAGUAAGGAGUGCUCCUCCAGACGGCAGUGACUUAGCGUAGCUUGUAAUGGCCACAUCACCACGCUCCGUCGACACUAUAUCACUUUGUUCCACCGUUUCCAGUUGCCCAGAUCGCAAUGGCUUUUACGGUGGUUUUCAGCGCACAGAAAAGCCUAAAGAACCACUCUCCAAGGCGCAAAUUAUUGCGCGAGAAAAGAAAUGGUUAUAUAUGAUUGAUAAUUGGUCGCUUUAUAUGUCCAAAAACUACAAAAAGAUUCGUGAUCGCUGUCGCAAAGGCAUACCAAAAUCGGUGCGUCCACGUGCUUGGUUUUAUUUAUCUGGCGCUUAUUUGCUAAAAAAGAAAAAUCCCACUGUCUAUAAAGAAUUACUCGAACAGCCCGGUAAUCCACAUGUCAUCGAAGAAAUCAAAAAGGAUAAACAUCGUCAAUUUCCUUUUCAUGAAAUGUUUCUGGACGAGGAUAAAGUGGGCCAAAUCGAAUUAUUUAAUGUAUUAAAAGCGUAUUCCAUCUAUAAUCCGAAAGUGGGCUUUUGUCAGGCGCAAGCGCCGAUAGCUGCUUUCCUGCUUAUGCACCUGCCGGCCGAAGAUGCAUUUUGGGUAUUCGUUAGCGUUUGUGAUGUGUAAGUUGAGUUUUUCUUUAUAUGAAAACAAACAAAAUCAAAUUUAUCUAAAAGACUAGGAGAUUUCUUUAUAUUUGAUAUGCACUAAACUAAGAAUGGAUUUUAAAAUUGUCUAUAUAGUUGAGAAAUUGUUUCUGUUUUGACUGCAUGAAACGCACUAAAAAUAAAAAGGCUUACAAAUUA